UCGCUGCGUGCGUGCGUGCGUGCCGUGCGUUCGCCGGGCACCGCGGCCUCGCCCUCGCCCUCCGCCCCUGCGCCUGCACCGCGUGACCUCUCAGGGGGUCCCCCCGGCAGAGCUGCCCCGCCGCUGAGGAACAUGGCGAAGGUGGAGCAGGUCCUGAGCCUCGAGCCGCAGCACGAGCUCAAAUUCCGAGGUCCCUUCACUGAUGUCGUCACCACCAACCUAAAGCUUGGCAACCCAACAGACCGAAAUGUGUGUUUUAAAGUGAAGACCACGGCACCACGUAGGUACUGCGUGAGGCCCAACAGUGGGAUCAUCGAUGCAGGGGCCUCCAUUAAUGUAUCUGUGAUGUUACAGCCUUUCGAUUAUGACCCCAAUGAGAAAAGUAAACACAAGUUUAUGGUUCAGUCUAUGUUUGCUCCGACUGACACUUCUGAUAUGGAAGCAGUAUGGAAGGAGGCAAAACCGGAAGACCUUAUGGAUUCAAAACUUAGAUGUGUGUUUGAAUUGCCAGCAGAAAAUGAUAAACCACAUGAUGUAGAAAUAAAUAAAAUUAUACCCACAACUGCAUCAAAGACAGAAACACCAACGGUGUCUAAAGCUCUGAGUUCUUCUUUGGAUGACACUGAAGUUAAGAAGGUGAUGGAAGAGUGUAAGAGACUGCAGGGUGAAGUGCAGAGGCUCCGGGAGGAAAACAAGCAAUUCAAGGAGGAAGAUGGACUCCGGAUGAGGAAGACAGCUCAGAGCAACAGCCCUGUGCCUGUGUUAGCUCCAGCUGGGAAGGAGGAGGGCCUCAGCGCCCGGCUCCUGGCCCUCGUGGUUUUGUUCUUCAUCGUCGGUGUGAUCAUAGGGAAGAUCGCCUUGUAGAGGCAGUGGGCACAGGGCGGCACACUGGAUUGAUGGGCCCGCAUCCCCUGGGCUUUGACUUUAUCAUAACCAUGUGUAAAAAAGAAGUUCAUGUAUGAUGACAUCUCACAGGUCUUGCCUUUAAAUUACUCCCUCCCUGCGCUGUGCGCACGCGUGCACAUACACACACACAAUUAUAACGUAACAAUCCUUUAGAGAGUUAAAAAUGUAUAGUAAAUGAUUGGGGGAAAAGAAUGGUCUUUAUUAAUGACAAGGGAAACCGUGAUUAAAUCGUAAUGGCAUGUCGUGUCAUUUUAAACAUGUGUAGCCUUGGUACAUGGGGCUGGGUUGAUUACUUCUCUUAGAACAAGACACUCUUCCUGCCUGUUGGUGCCGGGCCUUGGGGAGCUGGAACCCGGUGCAGUGGGGAGGGCCGUCACCUCCACAUAACAAGCCCCACCCACUCACUCACUCUCUGGGCUGCUGUUCCACGUUCUGUCCCUGGCUGUCAGUUCCUUGGGACUCAUAAACAGGGUCAGAAGCCAAUGGCAUUGUGCUGUGGCAGUGUCAGAUCUGCCCAUCAGGAGUGAGAGGCAGUGGGAGGCAGCAGGAGGUGGACUGACCCAACACUUUGGAAAUGAAAGUCAAUGCUUUGUUCUCUUAAAGGGACCAAGCUAAAUUACUGUUGGUUCAUGUAGUGAGAUUGAAUUGUUAUUCAGAGAUGUUUAAUGCAUAUUUAACUUAUUUAAUGUAUCUCAUCUCAUGUUUCCUUAUUGCCACAAGAUUAUAAUUAAUGCUGUGGCCUAAAAAUCACCUGUGCUACCUAAUGCCAGUGGGUGACGCUGGCACUGCUGCUGGAGAGCUGUGGGCCUGCCUGCCUCUCUCUCUCUCUCUCUCUCUCUCUCUCUCUCUCUCGAAGUUCUGGGCUCUAUGUACGCUUGGAGGUGUGGUUUAUUGGAAUGUUGUAGAACAGCUGCCAGAAGUGUUUCACUGUGUAAAUAAAUAACAACUGUCAAAGAGAGGGAAGUCCUUAGUAGCAACAGUCAACUCUGUUACCCUUUCUAACUGGAGAAGACUGGCUGAUCUUGUUUUUUUCCCUCAUUACCCCUCAGCCACCACUCAUUCUUCCAGCACAUGUGCCCCAAGUCUGGUCCUGACCUUUCCCAUGUGGCCCUUGCUUGGAAUGAGGCAGCAGAAUGGUAGCAGACAAGGAACCAGCUGGGUCGGGGCGGGAGAGGGGUGAGAGGCUCCAGAUAAUCGUCAAGUAGUGAUUGAGAGUUUGACUGUAAAUUAAUUUUAUGCCAUAAAAGACCAAUCCAAUUCUGUUUGACUAUGUAGCAUCUUAAAAAGAAAAAGAAUUAAAAUAAAGCCCCAGAAUUAAGAGUU